AUCGACUCAACCAAUAACAUGGAGCGGUUCAGCACAGGCAGCGGGGCUGACGAGGCCCUGGAGGUCCACGACUUUGAGAUUGGAAUGACGGGGAUCCGGUUUUCAGGAGGAGAGAAGUGUUACGUCAAACCACAGGUUAAAGCUCGGCUACCUGAUGUGGACACGCUCAAUAAAGACUCGAUGACCUUUGACCUGGAGGACGAGGUGAUGCCCGCCAAGUUUGAGGAUGAUCUGAUCUGGGUGGCGGCUAGCGACCCCUUACCUGACUCCACCUUCCUAGGCAACAAGAUCAAGAACCUGUGCGGUGACCUGCCUAUCUUCUGGCUCCGCCCAACCUACUCUAGCAGCGGUCAGAGGAAGAGGAGAGCUGCCCCCCGCCAGAGCCGCCAGGCAGCUGGGGGGGAGGAGGACUACGAGGACGUGGAGGCAGAGUUCAACCCUCAGAACCCCUAUCAGUCCCGAGGACUGGAAGGCGAGCAGGGUACCAUGGACAUUGACCCCAUGCUGGACCACCAGGGCGUGUGCUGCAACGAGUGUCGCCGCAGCUAUACCCACUGCCAAAGGAUCUGCGAGCCGCUGGGGGGGUACCACCCAUGGCCGUAUCACUACAGAGGCUGCAGGGUGGCCUGCAGAGUCAUCAUGCCUUGCAAAUGGUGGGUAGCACGCAUCAUGGGCCUGGUGUGAAUACCUCAUAACUCACCUGAGAGGUGGUGAAGCCCAGUAGGGGUGGGGGGGUGGUCAAGGAGAGAGAGAGAGAAGGGAAUGAAAGAAAAAGUUUAAAAGAGAGGGCUGCUGACUUAUUCACAUCUAAAACAGGAAGCUGAGUCCUCAGCUGCAUCA